AUGAACCAAGCUGGAGCAAUGCUCCAGCUGCUGUACCUGGCGAUUCCCAUGGCCACGUUGGGAAUCCUGGUGAAGGAUUGGCCUCUGCAAAACGAGACAGCGUUGUCCAACGCAGUGGUCGGCGCAGCAUCGGAUAGCUCUUCACAUUUCAGUUAUUUGAGGGACAGCAACGGGAGCAUCGAGCUCUUCAGCAGUUGCAAUUCGGCUUGCCACAAGUGCUUUAUGGAUCAUUUCCAAGCCUGUUUGGCUUAUUGCAAGAAAGGUUGCCAGGAGUACUGCGAUGAGAAGCUCUCAAAGGAAACAUGCGAGGCCGAGGACCAUGAGGAGCUAUGGGUGGCCAAAAUUGGUAGUAUUUUCGACGUCAUGAGCGAUCCGGCGGGAAGGCUGUGCCAAUUCAAUUCGCCGGAUGGAUGCCCAGAAAAUGGACGUAAGUCGUCAACAUCGUAUCCGAUUCCUAGUGCACCGUACCUGCCCGAGGGAACAGGACAUUCUAAGGCCAUGAUGAAGCUCUGA